GUCUAUGUCCCCACCGUGUUCGAGAAGUACACGGCCUCCCUCCAGGUUGGCGGCAAGCCCGUGAAGAUCCACCUCUGGGACACGGCAGGACAGGAAGACUAUGACAGGCUUCGCCCGCUGUCCUACUCGGACGCCAACAUUGUCCUCAUCUGCUUUGAUGUCACCAACCCCAACAGCUACGACAACGUCCUCACGAGGUGGUACCCGGAGGUGAACCACUUCUGCAAAGGCGUCCCGGUGCUGCUGGUGGGCUGCAAGACCGACCUGCGGCGGGACCGGGAGGUGCUGGGCAAGCUGCAGGAGGGACACUUGGAGCCCAUCUCCUACCAGCAG